AUGUCCUCGACUAUUACUUAUCCAACAAUAAGACGUGACACGACUGUCGUAGAUUCGUAUGGGAACAAUACAGUCAGCGUCAACGAUGCAUAUCGCUGGCUCGAAGAUCCGGAUUCUGAUGAAACUGUAAAGUUUGUUUCGGAACAAAAUGCUAUCAGUCAAGAUUAUUUAAAUAAGAUUCCCUAUCGAAACAAAUUCUUUGAACACUUGAAAGAAGUUUUCAACAUUCCGAAAUUUUCAUGCCCAUCUAAGCAACCAAAUGGCAAAUAUUACUAUUUUAUGAACACAGGUCUGCAGAAUCAAGACGUUUAUUACGAAUUAGAUUCCUUAUCGAAAUCUACGGACGAAAGUCAAGUUUUUCUCGAUCCAAACACGUUCUCCAAAGAUGGAACGGUUGCUAUUCAAUCGCUUAGCUUUUCAUUCGAUGGAAAGACUUUAUGUUACAGCGUGUCGGAUGCGGGUUCUGAUUGGUCAACGGUAUAUUUCAUGGAUGUUGCAUCACGUGAAAAAUUAGAUGACGUCAUUAUUCGCACAAAGUUCGCGUCCUUACGUUGGACAGCCGAUAAUCGUGGCAUCUUCUAUGCUACAUACGCCGGCGCUCUUGAUGGUGACAACUCAACUGAUGAUUCAAAGAAGCCUCAAACUGAAGCUGGUAUCGAAGUUAAACGUACGGAUGUUCAAGAAGUUUAUUUUCACCGUCUUGGCACGCCGCGGUCGUCAGACGUAUGUGUCGCUCGAUGUGUCGAUGAAUUAAGUGAACAUUUCUUUUCGAUUACCACCUCUGAUGAUGGGCAAUACUUAAUCGCCAGUAUAUCGAAAGGUACACUGCGCGAAAAUCAACUCUGGAUCCUUCCGUUGACAAAAAAGUCUGACUCGAUCGUCGAACAACCAAAUUGGACCAAAUUAAUCGAGAAUAUGGAUUUCGUCUAUGAAUUUGUCACGUCCGAAGGUGAUUUAGUUUAUUUGAGAACCAAUGCUCAAGCCGACAAGUUUCGCUUAAUUACGAUCAAUGUGAAAACCAAAGAAAUCAAAGAAGUCAUCAAAGAAAGUAGCACUGAUAUUUUAGAAGACGUAACACGUGUUUACGACAAAUAUUUCGUCGUUCGGUAUCUCUCGCAUGUGAAAUCAAUUCUUUACUUACACGAAAUGGAAAGCGGACAACAGGUGCGCAAGUUUGAUUUACCAAUUGGAAAUAUCUCGGUUUGGGGUGAUCAAUUCGAAUCGGAAAUCUUCGUUCGUCUGGAAUCAUUUCUUUCUCCAACAACAAUUUACAUGUGCAAUCUUGCUGAUUCACUCGAUGCAUCAUUACAUGUAUUCAAACGAAUCGAGUUUCAAGGUGUUGAUCUCACAUCAUUAACGACAGAACAAGUUUUUGUUGAUUCCAAUGGAUUGGAUUCAUCCCAUCCUGUCAAAGUUCCCAUGUUUUUAGUACAUCGAAAAAACUUGCAGAAAAACGCACAAAAUCCGACGAGUAUUUAUGUUUAUGGCGGAUUUUCGAUUCCAACGAAACCGUUCUUCUCUAUUGCUGCACUACUCUGGAUUCACCAUUUCGAUGGUAUCUUCGUUGUCACAAACGUGCGCGGUGGUGCUGAAUACGGUGAAGUCUGGCAUAAAGACGGUUACAAAUCCAAGAAACGAAAUACAUAUUUAGAUCUAUGCGCUUGUACGGAGUGGCUUAUUUCAAAUAAGUACACUCAGCCAGAGAAAAUCUCGAUCAUGGGUGGUAGUAACGGAGGAUUGACAGUUGCUGCAUGCGCAAAUAUGCGACCGGAUCUGUUCGGGUGCACUGUGAUACAAGUUGGCGUACUUGAUCUAUAUCGAUAUCAUAAAUUCACUAUCGGAUACUACUGGUGUGGUGAAUAUGGCAAUCCAGAUAUACCGGAAGAAUUCGAAUGGAUAAAGUCAAUUUCACCAUUACACAAUAUUCCGAACAAUCCCAAAUCGUAUCCAGCAAUUUUAAUUACAACUGCUGAUCAUGACGACCGAGUCGUACCGGGCCAUUCAUUUAAAUACAUUGCGCAGUUACAACAUCAAUUAAGUGAAACGAUGAACCGUCUAGGACGACCAUUGAUUAUACGUAUUGAUGUUCGAGCAGGACAUGGUGCGGGAAAGCCAACUGUGAAGCGAAUCGAAGAAUUAUCAGAUACUUAUUCGUUCAUUUCCUAUGCUUUAGGUGCUCAAUGGCAUGAUUAG